UGUACGGAUCGCUGAGGCGGGAGAGAGGGGCAGCGAGGCGGGUGUUUAGAAGUGAUGAGGAAAGAUGCAGGAAAGUGAAAUUCAGAGAUUUAAGUGCUUAUUAAGAAAACGUUAUAUAUAAAUAUUCAAUAACGUCUACAACGUGAAGGAUAAUCAUGAAAUGACACGGGUGAUUGAAGUCUUUUACUGAAGUGCAACAGGAACUCGACUGGAUUUCGGCUGAAUUAUCUGCUUAUAUUACAUAUCCACUACUUACUCUUGUGACCAAUGUGAGAGACACAGCUAUACCAGAUCUCACAAGUACAAUGCUUAUAAAGAACAUGUGUUGACGCAGUCUUCGACGUUCGGUGACGCAUUGAGCCGUCUGCUCCUGAGAGGCAGAGUUCAGAGCCCUCGGACGUUUAGGAGAAACAUCCAAGACAAAGUUGAUACUUCAAAGAAAAAUAGCUGUCGACUCUCAUUGCUGUGAAAGAACAACUUUUCAUAAAAAAUAAAACAAGUCAUGUGACUGAUGAUGGAGCCCAGUCAAGACGUGUUGCAGGAACAACUUAACGAGUCUUUUUCAGACCAAAGUGACAAAGCUAAGAUGUCCACUGAUCUCAAAGCCCUCAGAGGAACAGAGUUGUUGAAGACGGAGUUGUCACGUCGGGAUGCGAAUAUCCAAAGACUCCAGCAAGACCUGCUCCUCUCUCAUCAGGCCCGUGACACCCAGAGCGUUCAGCUGGACGUCCAGGAGCAGAGACUGUGGGGUUUGCAGAGAGAGCUGCAGGAAAGCCAGCAAGAGCUCCAACGUGAACGCAACCGCAACCAACAGCUACACAAGGAGCUACAAGAUGCCAAGCAGCAAGACCAGAAGCUACAGGCUCAGGGUGAUGAGCGGGUCCGGCGGCUGGAGGAGGAGGUGUCCAGGAUAAAAUUCCAGCAUGGUUCAGUCAGUCAGCAGUUACAGGAGCAGCGUUCAGCAUGCUGUACCCUACAGAGAGCACAAGAGGAGCUGAAGGAGAGAGAGAGACAGUGGCAGAUUGAGAAAUCCGCUCUACAUGAUCAGCUGAACCACGUCAGAGAGGAGCUCCACAGCGCCACCCUCAGGGAAGAGGAGCAUCGGCUAAAAGUGCUGCAGAUUGAUGAACUCCAAAAAGAGGUUGACAUGACGCUCGCACUCCUGGAAAAAGAAAGAGAGGACUGUGUAAAGGCCGAAGAGCUGGAACGACUGCGAGAAGAGCAACUCAAGGACAAGGUCCAGCAUCAAGAGGAGCUGAUUAUAGAGCUACAAAAAGAGCUGGAGAAGAUCAGAUCAGAGAAGGAGAAAGAACUAAGAGAAUGGAAGGAAAGAUGGAACUGUGUCUCAGAGAACCUCAGGAACACAAAGAACCAACUCCAGCAGACCCAGGACAGCAAAGAUCAGGCUCUCAGGAGCCUGGACCUACAGCAGGAGAAGAACCGCAGCCUUCAAAAUGAUAUGGACCAACUUCACAUCACGCUGGGUCAGCGUGAGAGCAAACUGGAAGUUCUGCUUCAGGAGGCGGCAGUCCUUCGCCAACAGCUGCUCAUCUCCCAAGAUUCACUGCAGCAGGUGACCAAUGAGCUCCAGGCCUGCGAGAAAGAGUUGAAAGAGGAGGUCAUGUCUAAAGGAAAGGAGGUGAGGAGACUUCAAGAGAUCCAGGAACAGAGAGAGGAGGUGAUAGAGGAGAACAAACACAAAGCUUCACAGCAGCGAGAGAGAGACGGCCUUUACAUGGAGUGUAAAGGCCAGAACAAGUCACUCUCUGAGUUGUGUCGGGAGGUACCGCGUUGGCAGCAGGAGGCGCUGGAGCAGAGGCAGAGCCGAGUAACGGAGGUGCAGGACCUUAAGAAAGAGCUGGAGAGCACACAAGGCCGCCUGCAGCUGAAGACAGCCCACAGACAACAGAGAGACACAGAAGAAAAGAUCAUCUGCAGGGAAACAACCUUCUGUUGUCAGAAUACAGAGUUGAUUCACCUGAAAACUGGCUUAUUGGAGGCUGAGAAGUUAGCUACUGAUGCAGAGGCCAGACUACAACCUCUUAGUGACUCCCUCGAGCUAUACAAACAUGAGUAUCAAGCCUGCCUCAACAAAAUCGCCAAACUAGAGAGUACCCAGCAAAGCCAGGGACAGGACCUGAAAGAGACCCAUGAUAAGGGCUGUGUGUGUCCUCAGGUGUUGGAGCGAGACGAGCAGAUUUUACGUCUGAGAGCUCAGAUUGUAGCUCUGCGGGGGGAUCUUCAGGUACAAUCUGCCCAGCUGGAGAGUGGAGAUGAUGCCCUCACCACUCUGAGCCAGCAGCUGCGAAACACGCUGGGUGAACUGGAGCACAGCCGUAAACAUGCCCAGGAGUGUGAGAUGCUCAUCAGCACCCUCAAAGACUCCAGCAAGAGCCUCCGACACCAGAUGGAAGAGCAGGAAGAGACUUUGGUUAAGGUCCAGGCUGAUUUUUCCAUCUACCGAUCCACUCAUGUUCACUCCAGUUCAGACUACGAAUCCCAGCAUGCCCGCGUUCAGGAACUGGAGCAUGCGCUGUUCCAAUCACUGGAGCGCUGCCGUGAGAGUGCCCAGCAGCUGCGGGCGUGCCAACUGGACCUGGAGCGUCACAGAAGCGACAGUUCGGCAGAAUUGCAGAGACUACUGCAGCUCCAGUCGCAUGCAUCGUGUGAGGACCAGAGUCGAGCACAAGUUGAUUCUUUGGAGCAGAAGGUCGCCAAUCUGGAAGAAGAGCUUCGGGCUGCUCAAAGGCAGUGUGCCCUAAAAGAACAGUCUAUCCAGAAAAGAGACACCCUGUUGAGACGGUCGGAGGCUGAUCUCCUGCAGGCCCGGGAGAAGAUUCAAGGCAAGGCAGCGGAGGCGGAGAGGCAGGUCGUCUCUGCUCGAGGCCUUGAAGCCAGUCUGCAGAGAGCAAAGAAAGAAAAGAGGCAGAAAGAGAAAGAGUGUGCGUCCCUCAGAAUACAACUAAUGAAGCUUAGGGAGGAACUGAAAGAGGCUCAGACCAGCUGCAGAGAUACUGCCCAGGAGUUGGCGCGGCAGCAGGAGAGGUCGGAGCUGUUGGAGAGAGGCCAGCGUGUGGCACAAGAGCAGCUUACUGAGCGUGUGACAGAGGUGGUGCGAGGAGAGAAAACUCAGCGGAGACUUCAGGCAGAACUUAAAAGAUUAACAGACAAGGUGGAGAACGUUGAAAAGGAGCUCCAGGACUCACGGAGGCUCGUGGAGCGUUUGCAGUCGGAGAUGCUCAACGCUCAACAGGAAGCCACGAGACUCCAGAAGGAGAAACAGCAGAUCCAGGAAGAGCUGACCAUCAGCAGAGAGAGCUUCUCAGCCCUGCAAACUAAGCUGAGUGAGCAGGAGAGGCUUCUGAUCACACUUCAGGAACGCAUAUCUGAGCUGCACAGCGCCACCCGCAGGCUACAAGAAGAGGAAGCAAACAGUCAGAUCCAACUGCAGUUAUGUCGGAAAGAACUGGAGACAAGAGACACCCAGGCUCAAAAACACAACCAAGAGAUGAGCACCCUGCAGGCCACAGUAUCCAAACUGACGCUGGAUCUGGAGCAGGAGAAAGAGAAGGGGCGGCAGGGGUUACGAGAGGCAACCAAAGCCCAGCAAAGAGCAAGAGAUCUCAAACUGGAGCUCAGUACAGCACAGGCCUCUCAUAAAGAGGGCAUGGAUCUGCUGUCUGAGUGCAGUCGUGAGUUGGCGGCCCAGAAGAGCGAGCAGGUUCGUCUGCAGCAGUGCCUGAUCCAGCUGACAGAGGAGAGAGCAGCUCAGGAGGAGAGAGCCCGACAGCUGAGCGCAGAUCUACAGAAAGUUCACAGUGAGAGCAGAUGCUCUCAGGAGGAGGCCCGGGCGUGUGAGGGGCGACUGGCAGAGCUGCACACUCAGCUGUCACGCUCAGAGCAGUGGGCACAGCAGCAGUUAACAGCCCUGCAGUCCAGAGAGGAGGAGGUCAUCAUGCUGAAGAUGGAGAUGGCCUCUCUCAGAGAGAACUACCAUGUCAAAGUAGCUCAGGUUGAGGCUUUGUACUCGCAGAUAGAUGCUGUUGAUCAGAAGUACAAUGCAGCUGUGUGUGAGGUGGACGUUUUACGGCAGUGUUUGGGUGACGCGCGGUGUGACAGCUCUCGUCUUCACAAGGAAAGUGAGCUGGUCGUGAGCAAUGUGAACCAGUGGGUAAAGGAGCAAAAGCACACUAAUGAGAAACUGGCACUUCAGAUCAAAGACCAGAGCAGGAAGAUCAUCCACCUGACAGCUGAGAAAGAUCACCUUCAGGAGAAUGUGAAAGGUCUGCAGGGAGAGAUUCGAAGGCUAAAAGCUGAGUUGGAUAAUGAGAGAAUGGAGACAGAAAGAUUUAAGUGAACAGAAGCUGAGAAUGCAGAAAGCUUAUCUGACCACCUCCUGCUUACAUGUGUGCCUGAAUCCACCUGAAUUUCUGCCUCAGAAGACUUUGGAGAAAAGUAACAUGAACAUGCACUACAGAUAUGUUUAGAUGCUUUGUGUGGUCAACAAAUGUUUUUUCCUCAUUUAUACCUCAUUUUUGCCACCUGUAUGCCACUGUCACCACUUAAAUCUGUUUUUAGAUUUAAAUUUGCGUUUUAAAGAUGCUUUUAUUCAUAACGACUUACAGUACAUCCAAUCUAUAUACAUUUUAUGAAUAUGUCUGUUCCCUGCAGACAAUAUUGUAUAUUUAAAUUUGUUAGCAUAUAGUUUUUUGGUCAUUUAUAAUGAUAAUAUUUUAUGAAAUGUGUCUUGUGAUAUACAGAUGACUUUAAAUCCACUGUCAAAAUUUUUAGUGCUGCGUCUGCUUAUAAUGGUUCAAUCAUAUAAAAUGUCUUAUAUGAAUGAUUGCCCAAUAUAUAACUAAAUAUUACAUUAAACACAAUGAAAAGAUCGGGCAUCACAUUCAGUGAUUUGCUGCAAGUAAUAGGUUUUUAAAUUAUUAAUGUACCGUAAUUCCUUAUGCACUUUGUCAUCAUGUAUUUCCCCUGAACAUCAAUCAGUCAAUAAAUGUGACAAACGUU